GCACCUAUAAAUUAUUGUUUUGGUCAAUGGUACAUAUGAAAUCAGGACAGAGAACUCAUCUAUGAUUAUAUUUAUUGCCCAGGUAUUUGUCAAAGUUUAUUUUGUAAUAUAAAAUUAAAAUAAAGCAGCACAAUGUGGGGUGCCGCUAGAGGAACUUUUCAAAGAUGUGCGAUACCUGUUUUAACAGCAUGUACGGUCGAAACAAAAAUUAAUUCAAGGAAUGUUUUAAGACCAGUGUCAAGAACACUUGCUGUAUCAUCAGUACAAUUCAAUUCACCGAAACGAGGUUUUCUUGAAAAUUUUUUAGAUAAUCUUAAACAAGAAUAUAACAAAGACGCAGAAUUAAAAGAGAGUAUUAAAAAAUUUCGAAAGGAAGCACAAGAACUUGAAGAUUCAGAGGCACUUAAAAAAGCAAGACAAAAAUAUGAGGAGAUCAGUCGAGAAACUGGGCAAGGUACAGAUGCCGUUCGUGAAACACUUGGAAAAAUAAAAAGCAGAGUAUCUGAGGCCAGUGAAGAAAUCAGUAAAACAGAAUUUGUCAAACAAGCAAGUCGGGUGUCAGAAGGAAUCAGUGAAGCUGCAAAAUCUGCAACAGAUAGUGAAGCUUUCAAAAAAGUAGCCUCGGGUUUCGAUAACAUCACAAAAGGAACUGGAAUUCCACCGUCUUCACUGUAUAGACCACCAGCAUCUUUACGAAUGCGAAAUGAACUUCAAACAAAAAUAAACACAGAAGAAAUUGAAGCAAAUGAAGAUGCAACUGGUGUAGUUAUGCAUAAAGAUUCGGUUUGGAAUCAACAAUGGGAAAACUUUAAGAACAGUAAAGUUGGUGAACGGAUAUCAGAUUUAAGAAUGAAAUAUGAUGAGAGUGAUAACCCGAUGAUAAGAGCAUCACGUUUUAUAACAGAAAAAAUCGGAGAUGUAGCAGGAGGUGUUUUCGGUAAAACUGAUGUCUCUGAAGUGAUGACGGAAAUUGCGAAAAUGGAACCAAAUUUUUCAGCACAAAGUUUCUUAAGAUUUUGUCGUAAAGAGCUCAUUCCUAAUAUACUUGAAGCUAUUUGUCAAAACGAAAAAGAAAUCGUUAAAGACUGGUGCACAGAAGCACCAUAUACUCAGUUAAUAUUCCCGAUCACUCAAGCGGAACAACACGGUCUUCGUUAUCACUCCAGGGUGAUAGAUCUUGAUCAUAUCGAUAUUGCGGCUGCAACAAAGGUUGAUCAGGGUCCUGUACUUGUCAUUAGUUUUCAAACACAGCAAAUUAUUUAUGUUCAAAAUUCUAGAGGUGAAGUUGUUGAAGGUGAUGCGGAACAAGUGAUGAGAGUAUAUCAUGUGUGGGCUCUUUGUCGUGACCUAGAAGAGAUGAACCCAAGAGCUGCUUGGAGGCUGAUCGAUCAGUCUAUGUCAGCCACCCCAAUGUUGCUAUAACAAAACUGAUUAGGUCGAGAUAUUGCAAUUUCUCAAUAAUUAGCGAGUGUAUUUAAAUGUUUAGCCAAGCUUCAUUGCAAAAUUGUGAUAGGCCUAAGCUUCAUAACGGAUAUUUUUUCAUGGUGACAGACAUCAGUUUUUCUUUAAGUUUCUCUAUGCCUUUAACUACCAUUUCUAUGCUCCUGUAUUUGUCCAUUAUGAUCAAAUCCUCAAUUUAAUAAUAAAAUGGUUCACACCUCGCAAACUGGGAA